GCCUGUUGCUGGGCAGGCAAGCGUCCAAGGAUCCCCAGAGACGACACUAUUAACGUUGCUUAACAGUAAUAGAUGGAUAUGCAUCUGACUCUUACCUUGCUUUUUUUUUAAUCAACAAAUGCGUUGUUAUUUCACAGCCAACGAGCUGGCGCGCGUACAGGUUGCAAGUCAAACAGCUACAACGUUACGGAUUUAUUUUCUCCCACACGCAGCCCCGGAAGCAGAAAUACACCUCACUUGGGUUUUGUUUUGUUAUGUUUGUUAGUAUCUGGAGUUGGAGAAGAGGUAGAGCGUGCAUGGGGAGUUGCACCUUGGGAAUGGAAGAUAAACACAUUACUCUGAAUGUGUUUACGUGUAAAAUGCCGAGUUUUGUCAGCAGAUAUGACGAAGAGACAGUCUGCAAUCCUUCAGAAAUGCUUGAUAAAGUUGAGACAUCAGGCACAGAUUUUAUUCAAGAUGUCAGGGAAACAAAGAUCCAAACACGAGACGGUGAUGGGAUUUUGGAGACGCACACACACAGGGUUACGAGAACCGGUAGUAAAGAAAAUGUUGAGGGAUACAGUUUCAAAAAACCGACUGCAGUGGAUAUUUUGAGGAGGAAUUUCGGGACGACGAGAUCCCCUACGAAUUUCAAAAACAAUUCAGCAGAUGACCAAAAACACCCAGAGGAUGCCAUGGUAGAAAUAGUUUUAAAUGAACGAAUUGAUCAUGUGGACCUUGAAAAGUCAAUUGGCAGUGAAACGAAUGUAAAAGAGCAAAUCGCAGAUCACACAGAGGGAUUAACGUCAUCCGAUUUUAAUGAAGUUGAUGUAACAUAUUCUGACGAUAUUUGUGAAAGUAGCGGGGCUGACGACGAUGUCGUACAGUUAAAGGAACAUGUUUACUGUACUGUAUACUGUAUUGCAAACGAUAACUACAGGAAACCAGCUGACAAUACCGGAGAAAACCAAUAUAAUGGGGCGAUAACUCCGUCAACAUCAAACGUCAUUACAAAGCCAUCCACAGAUUUGCGGCAGCAGAGCAAUCUGGAAAUGGGCCACCACACCGUUUCCGAUCCAUAUACCCUACCGAACCUGGUUGAUCCUAGAACUCUGAACAACUUUUACAACGGGGAUUACAAUGAAUCAGUUGUUUUGGCAUGUCGCAUCUGUCUGGACGACACACACAUAAAGCCGUUACUUUGUUGCAAGAAGGCUGUCUGUGAAGAAUGCCUGAAAAUAUACAUCAUUUCACAGGUCAGGGUGGGCAGAGUGGACAUCGUGUGCCCCAUCACAGAGUGCAGUGGUUACCUGGAGGAGAGCCUGGUGGUGUCCCACCUGGGCAGUGAGGAAGUGGCCAAAUACAAAUACUUCCUGGAGCUGAGCCAGAUUGACUCUAGCACCAAACCCUGUCCCCAGUGCAGCCAGUUCACCUCGCUGAAAGGACACACCCCCAGCAGGGCAGAGCACAAAUACAAGAUCCAGUGCACAAAGUGCCAUUUUGUGUGGUGCUUCAAAUGCCACGCCCCCUGGCACGAGGGCCUGAAGUGCCGGGACUACAGGAAAGGGGACAAGCUGCUGCAUCAUUGGGCCAGCAUCAUCGAGCACGGCCAGAGGAACGCCCAGAAGUGCCCCCACUGCAAGAUCCACAUUCAGAGGACGGAGGGCUGCGAUCACAUGAACUGCACCCAGUGCAGCACCAACUUCUGCUACCGCUGUGGGGAGAAGUACCGCCACUUGCGAUUCUUCGGGGAUCACACAUCCAACCUCAGCGUGUUCGGCUGCAAGUACCGCUACCUUCCUGAGAAGCCCCACCUCCGCCGGCUGGUCCGGGGGUCCGUGUGUGUGAGUAAAGUGGUGGUGGCCCCUGUUGUCAUAGUCCUGGUGGUGGUUGUCGGAGCAGUAUCCAUGGUCAUAGGUAUGUAGUGUGACUCCGCUUGUUCAGUGGCUGUGGUCUGCUGGAGAGGGCCAUCUGUGUUUUGGUGUGAAUUGAGAGAAGCAGCUAAGUGUCUGCUUGUCCACUUCAGAUAGCACUGCUACACUGGGCGAUGGGAGGAUGACACACUGAUAUAAAGCUGUUGACAGACACUUGUUAAUCCCGCUCACAAAUUAUCUUUACUGUUGUCUGUCCGUCUUUCAAAGGUAAUGUGUUACUAGUGCAAACAACAGAACAGUAUUGAGAUUAUUAAAGUAUUUCCUUGAUCGAUCACCAAUACUGUGAACACUUCCUUGCGAAAGGUGUCACUUCAGUCAUUUCCCUGAGCUUAGAUCCCAUUCCAUAUUAACCUGCCUGUUCUCUCCUACUCUGCUCUCUCCUCAGGACUCGUGGCUUUUCCUAUCUUCUACAUCUGUAAGAAGAGACGGCAGCGCACCCAGGGUACUGGCCGUUGGCACUGAGCUGAGGACCAUGGCAGUGUGGUCAGGACACUGCUCCAGAUACGAAGCCCAGGGAGGGGACACAGGGAUUUGGGGGGAGGGGGAGGGUUGGUCUCCAUCCACAGCCUGAGAAGAGCAAUGCUUUCCAGUGGCCUUCUCUCUCUACUGCAUGUCUACCACAACACUGUAUGUGGCUCCUCCUCCAGCCUGUGGAUCUAAAGGCUCACAGAGCAGUCUACUCCUGUUCCGCCCAACUUACCUCCACAGUGUCUGGGCUCCUAUAGCAUGGCUAGUGAAACAGAAACACAUUGGGUAGAAUGGGAAAGAGUUACUGAAGACGUGUGGGUGAGUCUAUCACCAUUCUUUUGCGGACCCUGAGCACCUGCAUAUUUAUGACAUUUUCAGGGAUUUUAUUGUGGUGCGUACAUACAGGUAACUACCAAAAUGAAGGGAACACUUGAGUAAAUGAGGGAUACAAAGUGCAGUGCAUUCAGAAGGUUUUCAGACGCCUUCCCUUUUCCAACGUUUUGUUAUGUUACAGCCUUAUUGUAUUUUCCCCCCAUCAAUCUACACACAAUACCCCAUAAUGACACAGCAAAAUGUUUGCAAAUGUAUAAAUAAAUAACAAUGUAUACGUUAUUUACAUAAGUAUUCAGACCCUUUACUCUGAGACUCAAAAUUGAGCUCAGAUGCAUCCUGUUUCCAUUGAUCACCCGAUGGUCACUCUGACAGAACUCCAGUGUUCGUCUGUGGAGAUGGGAGAACCUUCUAGAAGAAGAACCUUCUGCAGCACUCCACCAAUCAGGCCUUUAUGGAAAAGUGGCCAGAUGGAAGCCACUCCUCAGUAAAAGGCACGUGACAGCCCGCUUGGAGUUUGCCAAUAGGCACCUAAAGGACUUCCAGACCAUGAGAAACAACAUUCUCUGGUCUGAUAAAACCAAGAUGGAACUAUUUGACCUGAAUGCCCAACGUCACAUCUGGAAGAAACCUGGCAUCAUACCUAUGAUGAAGCAUGGUGGUGGCAGCAUCAUGCUGUGGGGAUGUUUUUCAGCGUCAGGGACUGGGAGACUAGUCAGGAUUGAGAGAAAUAUGAAUCGAGCAAAGUACAGAGAGAUCCUUGAUGAAAACCUGCUCCAGAGCGCUCAGGACCUCAGACUGGGGCGAAGGUUCACCUUCCAACAGGACAACAACCCUAAGCACACAGCCAAGACAAUUGCAGGAGUGGCUUCGGGACAAGUCUCUGAAUGUCCUUGAGUGGCCCAGCCUGGAAAUAGCUGUGCAGCGAUGCUCCCAAUCCAACCUGACAGAGCUUGAGAGGAUCUGCAGAGAAAAAUGGGAGAAACUCCCCAAAUACAGGUGUGCCAAACUUGUAGCAUCAUACCCAAGAACACUCAAUCGCUGUCAAAGAUGCUUCGACAAAGUACUGAGUAAAGGGUCUGAAUACUUAUGUAAAUGUGAUAUUUCAUAGCACAUUUCAUGCCUAUUUUUGCUGUCAUUAUGGGGUAUUGUGUGUAGAUUGAUGAGGUGGAAAAUACUAUUUAAUCUAUAACGUAACAUAACUAAAUGUGGAAAAAGUCAGGGGCCUGAAUACCUUCCGAAUGCACUGUAUAUAGAAACCAGGUGCUUCCACACAGGUUUGUGCUGAACAAAUUAGAGCUUUUUGAAGUUGGUUUGGUUUCUGUUCGGUUUUUGAAAAAUAAUCACUGUUUUCUAUUUAGAUUUGUGUGGGUUUUGUGUGGGUUGAAUGCAGUAACACAACCUUUAUUCAACCAUCCUUUAUUCACAUUACUAUAAUACAAUAUUUCAGUUGUUGUGUAUAAAGAUUCUGGUCAUUAUAGUUAAUUACCAUGCUUUCUGCACUUAAAUAUGAUGAAUUUUGACCUGUGGAAAACUACACCUAUCUAUAGUGUCCCACAGUUCAUGUUUGAUUUGCGCAUUGCAGAAAGAAAAAAAAACUAAAUGAAAUUCAAAUAAUUGAACCAAUUUUCAGUCAAUUAGUUGUCUCAAAAACGAAAAUAAACAGAAAUGUCAGCUCAUCGCCCAGAACUAACACAAGUGUGGUUCCUAAGUUAAUUAAUCAAUUAACAUCCCUUCAUGCUUAGGGUUAAAAAAAAGCCCAGUGCACAAUAUUUUGGCUACCAUGGCUAGAAGAAGAGAUCUUUGUGACCUUGAAAGAGGCUUUUAAGGAGCAUAGGGGGUUUAAAGAGUGUGUGUGUGUGUGUGUGUGUGUGUGUGUGUGUGUGUGUGUGUGUGUGUGUGUGUGUGUGUCAGUCACCAGAUCUCAACCUUAUUGAACACUUAUGGGACAUUUUGAAGCGACACCUGAGACAGCGUUUUCCACCAAAUAAUGGAAUUUAUUAUGGUGUCGUCGCCCAACGCCCUAUUCAGACUCUAUGUUGGCGGUUCCUUUAUUUUGGCAGUUACCUGUAGAUAGUUACACACAACAAGCAAUUGAUUUGUACAUUUUUAUGACCAAUCCCAAACUGCCCUGUAAGUGGUGCUUGUGUUUUAGUGAGAUUCAAGGUUCCAUUCCAUACACGUAUACACGUUCAGCCACUUCCAUCCCUGCCAACCCCAGAGUGCUGUGCCCAUACAGACUGGUAUUUGCAUCGUCAACAAAAUACAUUUGUUUUUUCCAUGUUGGAAAAAACCCAAUGGGGACAGCACUGUUGAAAUAACUGCUGUUUCAUGCCCAGUAAUGAUGCCGCAAUAUAUGUGUUUGAUUUAAAAAUAUACAUUUGACAAAUUUUCUGCCUCCUUCAAUGGUCAAUAUCAGAUGUCUGCUGUGAGAAUAUAUCUAAAACCCAUUCAAUUUAAACAUGGAUAUCUAUGGAGGACAGACAGAGAGAUGUACAGUAAGAUCCAUGAUAGAGAAGUCAUGGUUUUGUUAUUUACUUUGAUGAGCCUAUUUAAGGAACUCACUUUCAAGCUCAACUCGAUUGCAUGAAACAAUCACCUUCCCAUAGUCGUCCAUUAUUUAAAUCUAGUUGGAAUUGUCAUACAGUACAUGCUAUAUGUUUAUGAAUGUGUCUAUGAAGUUCAUAUUAGUCAUGUCAGGAGUUUCCGUUCACAUCAAAUGUAUAAGCCCGGUGUCUUGAUAUCAUUAACAAUAAACCAUAGUCCAUUCUCAAUUUGAAUUUGAAACACUGAUUACAAUAGGGCAUGUUUAGUUAAGCUUUCUCUCAAAUUCAAUUUGGGCACAACAUCAGUAAAAAAAAUUUUUAAUUGUUUGUAUCACAGCUGAUAAUCAAAUGUCUCUUAGACUUUUUUCCAGUGGCCUUUGAUUUAAGUACCCUUUUGAAAGGCACACAAUGGACCUGGAUCUGUGCCAGUGAAUAGUGGAUUCUCUGCAGCUUUAAAGGUUGUAACUUGGCAACAGUGGGCCUGUCCACCUCCCCCUAUCUACCCAAUCUUCUCACCGUGGCCAAUGUAUUUAUCAGGCAUUCAGACACUGCAUUGAUUCAUGUGUUAUUAAUAACACAUAAUAUGGUGAGGAUGAUGAUGGAGAUGGAUGAAAGCUUGGUUACUACUUCACUCUAGUUCCUGUGACGACUUCAGUUACCACAAUGUCAAAGGUCAUGAACAGAAUUUGAAAUCUAUGAGGCUUUUGUAAUUGUUCUCAGGGAGCAUUUUGUUCACGUUCUCUACUGCUGUCUUUCUCUGCAUGCCCCUUUAGCUCCAACUGUGCUACAUGAUCAAAGCCUGACACACAAAUGGUUUGUUUUUGUUUUUUAAUGAUUUUAAAGAUAGAGCUUACCAGAUACCAGGUAUGAUAUCACCAUUGUUCUCAUCAAGUAAUCACCUGGAUAUUAAAAUGCCAUUGUUUGAUGACACUUUUAGUGUAUACAUGUUACCUUUUAACCUGGCACAUUGAAUUGACGUCUGGGCAGGUGGGUGAUUCACCUCUGAUGUCUGAACUUGCCCAGGGGCUUAUCGGCUGGCUGAAGUCCCUAUUAAAGCCAUUGAGGUGUUGUUACCAUAAAGAUUACCUGGUGCCUUUACAAAGAUUGUUGAUAUAUGCUUGAUCUCCAUGUUAUUCCUGACUUUAUAGAGAAGUUAUUAGUUAUUAGUUUAUAGAGAAGUUAGUAGUUAUUACCAAAGCUACAACAACACAGAUAGUAGUAUUUCAUGUAUUGGUUGGUUUAUGAAAAUCAAAUGCACAGAUUUGUAUUCUACUUUUGUUUGUGGGUCUUCAAUGCUGCUGCACCACUAUCUUCUCAGUUGUUGUAAUUCAUGUUUUGUAGAAAACUAAUGUAUGUUUUUAUCAGAUGGAAUUGUAGAGUUAUUAAACAGUGAUGGUUGAAAUUCCAAAAACAUC